AUGCAGCUUCUCCCUCUUUCCCUGGCUUGCGCCGCUUUGGCGGUGGCCAACCAACAGCCUGACGUUGUCACUGUGACCAAUUACCUUCCCUUUGAGCAGCACCGGUGCUACGAGUACUUUAUGCUCGGUGUGAAUGAAGACGUCACUACUGAAGCAUGUCAACCAGGCGCUUGCUGCGUCGAUAUCAAGGAUGCCAACACCUACACUGACGAUUCAGGUAACAAUGUCGGCGGCAACAAUGUUGGCGGCAGCAACGUCGGUGGUAACAACGUCGGUGGUAACAACGUCGUUGGCAUAAUUGUCGGCCCUGACGGUCACACCACUACUACUCCCUGUCCUUGUUCCAGCGGUGCUAUUACCAAAACCAUCACCACUGUCUCUCAGUUUUCCAGUGGCGCAAGCUCCAACAGCAUUACCAGCGGCCCCGUCACUGCGACCUCUUCACUCAGCAGCAGUACCCCCAAGUCACCCAUUACCAGUGGCUCGGUCGUUACAAGCUUCUCUACCAGCGGCUUCAUCACCCUGACCCUCGUCGAGAUCAUCACCAACAACCGCACCAUCACCGAAGAGAUUAUCGCCACGUCCAUCGAGACCCUGCCAGAGACGUCCCGCGAGACUGAGGUCAUCACCACCACUGUGCCAAAGCUGGUCACUUUCAACACGACGUCGUCGGGCCAAGUCAUUGUCGAGACAACCACAUCCGAGGUUGUUACGAAAGAGAUAAUCACAAGCGACGUCGUCAUUUCCACGACGGAGGUUCUAACCACGCCGGUAGUCGUCACCUCGACCGAAGUAAUAACUAGAAACAACUCUACCAUCACAUCGCUCGUCACCACCAUAUCUAAAGAGACAAUCACAACCAUCCUUCCCAGUCUCACCACCACUACAGAAACCACUUUGACCACUACCUUCCCACAGCUCAUCUUCUUCAACUCAACGUCGGCCGGUAGGCCUAUUGUUGAGACGGCCACAACCGAGGUCCUCACGACAGAGACCAUCACAACCGACGUUGUCAUUUCCACCACGGAGACUCUGACCACGCCCGUUGUUGUCACCUCGACCGAAGUUUUCACACCCAGCGACACUCCCGUCACAUCUCUCGUGACCACCACAUCCGAGGAGACUCUAACUACGCCCAUCGUAGUCACCUCGACCGAGGUCAUCACGACGAGCAACACAACUCUCACAUCUCUUGUCACCACCACGUCUAAGGAGACUCUAACUACGCCCGUUAUCGUCACCUCGACCGAAGUCAUCACACCGAGUGACACUCCAUUCAUAUCUCUUGUUACCAUCACGUCCGAGGAGACACUCACCAGCGUGCAUCCCAUCCUCACCACCACCGACGAAAUCAUCACCACGCCCAGCGUCGUCGUCACUCCCACCCUCACCACAAUCACAAACAUCGUCGUCGAGCCCAUCAUUAGCCUCAUUCCCCCACCCCCCGAGCCCGAAACCUCGCGCGAGAUCCGCAAGAGCUGCCCAACACCAACCUGCUCGCACGGCAUCCAGUAUGCGCUCUACAAGAACCCCUUCAGCAGCGACCUCACCCCCACCUACGAGUCGUUUUCGCCCAAGUACUUCAAGAAGGAAAAGCCCGUGUACAGCACCACGCUGCAGACGGCCAUCUUCAUCUCCGACGACAACAACGGCAACGGCUUCAACCCUCUCUUCAGCAACGCGGCCGCCGGCUACCGCGGCUUCCUCUUCGCCUGCAGGGCCGGCCGGUACCGCUUCAACUCGCCGUACUCGGACGACAUCACCAUCAUGUGGUUCGGCGACAAGGCGUACGACAGCUACACGCGCGAAAACGCCGGCAUUGUGCAGGCGUACUACGGUGACAACAAGCCCAAGGACAUCUACAGGGAUCUCGCGGCCGGCACCUACUACCCGAUCCGGGUGCUCUGGGGCAACACGGGCGGCGCGGCGGACUUGUCGCUGCGGAUCUAUGGCCCGGACGGGCAGGAUAUCAGUGGUGCGGACCAAAAGGGCGAGCACUACCUGACGACAGAGGCGUGCGACGGCUCGUAUGCGCCUUUCCCGCCGUGGGGUCAAGAGAAGUAG